AUCGGGUAAAAAACCUGGAACUAGUUCGCAAAAGUACGUUUUUAACAUAUUUGUGAAUAACAAUUGAACGAUUUGAUUGACAUCUUUGCUCCUUGAGGCAAAGUUGUUCACAAAGAGGAGAUCUAUCAUAUGAUAUGAAGAUCUAGUGUUUGUGUGAAUGUAUGAACAUGUUCUACAAAUUGUGAUAAUUUUCUAUUGAAAAUGUGUGUUUUUGAGGCUUUUUCAACUGUUAUAGCGCCACCUAUGGUCCGAUCUCCAUGAAACAUUGCAUGCUUGUUAAGAGUCACCUGGUACAUGUUUUCACCAAGUUUCAUAAAGUUUUGAGUUUUCUUUUAGGCUUUAUAGGCUUUGGGGUAUGUUUGGCCACACCCCUUUUCUUAAUUACCCCUUUAACGCUAACCAAAGUACAAAAUGCAACAUUUUUUUGAUAAUUAUUGAUCUAGAGAGUCCACAGAUUAUUACUGCAGUGGUUUGGUUUCGAUGGGACAAAAAACCUAGGACUAGUUCGCAAAAGUAGGUUUUUAACAUAUUUGUGAAUAACAAUUGAACGAUUUGAUUGACAGCAAUGGUUCUUGAGGCAAAGUUGUGCAUUAUGAGGAGAUCUAUCAAAUGAUAUGCAUAUUGUGUUGAUAUGUGAAACACCACGUGGUUACAGAGCCAUAAAACUCGUUAGCGCCAACUAGUGGCCGAUUUCUUUCAAAAUUCUUACAGCCCUUAAGGUUCAUGAGUCGAACGUACCCAGUGAGUUUCGUUCCGAUCAACUUCCGUUAACCCUUUCAAAUAGGUGCUUAAAUUUGUUUGGCCAAUGGCGGCCAUGUUUUUUGAGAUAUGCAAAUGUCCUCAUAGGUACUUGUGCCCCUUCAGACCAAGACAUUGCAUACCAAUUUUCAAGUCAAUCGAGCCAACGAUUGCCUAGUUAUAGCCAUUUAUGUGUUUUUUCUAUCUUAUAGCGCCCCCAAGUGGCAAAGAUGUGCAAUUUUUUUGAUUUGACCAAAGAUUGAGCUCAUACAUACGUGUACCAAGUUUGGUGAAGAUAUCUCAUUCCGUUCAAGAGUUAUAGUCAAAAUAACACUUGGCUAAUGUUAGCAUAGACGCUUUUUGACGUACUGUUUCGCGUAAGAAUCGAAAUUUCAACUUUUUUUUGAUAAUUAUUGAUAUUGAGUGUCCAGGGAAUAUUUCUGCAGUGGUUUGGUUCCGAUUGGUUGAGAAAUCCUAGGACUAGUUCUCAAAAGUAGGUUUCGGAUAUAGCUCGAUUUUGCGCGAAAACGGUGCGUCGUAGAGCUAAAAAAGCAGCUGUGCACUUUUGUUCGGGCUAACCCAAGGAUUGCAACGAUGCCAUGUUUUUGAGUCUAUGGCUAACGGUUUACGACCUGCGGCCAAAAAUGUCUAAAAUUUUAGUUUUUUGCGCAGUAGCGCCCCCGUUAGGCCGAUUGGGCCGGUUUUUUGUAUCUGAGUAGCGAGCAGGACUACUACCAUCUGACCAAGUUUCAGCUCUCUAGGCCUUACGGUUUGGGCUGCACGUUCAGUUUUAAGGCGGAAGAAUAAUAAUAAUAAUAAAAAUCUUAACAAUUACAAUAGGGUUUCAGCACUGCGUGCUUGAACCCCUAAUAAUAAUAAAAAUCCUAACAAAAACAAUAGGGUUUCAGCACUUCGUGCUUGAACCCCUAAAAAUCCUAACAAUUACAAUAGGGUUUCAGCACUGCGUGCUUGAACCCCUAAUAAAUCGUAAAUAAAACUGGUGUCAUUGGCCUGAAUUUGGUUGAAAUGAUCUCAACACUCAAUAAUUGCAAUGUGUUAAUAUUUUAAAAGGAUUCAAAAUUCACAUUUCCCCAGUUAGACCUUGUAUAUUAUAAAUAUUUGUGACACUUUAAUAACAACAUUAAAGAAAAACACAACACUUGGUCUAUUUUAUGAUUUUGAAAUAAUAUAGUUCUGAAGUUCAUAUAAUUGGUGCUUUAAUAUGUGAGCUGCUUCAGUAAUAAGGCGAAUCAAUAGAAUCCUUCUGACUGUGGUGAGGUCUUUAGUUGCUUUUACCUAGCACAGCAAUUAUUACCUUGAUUUUAGAGAUAUCUGAUAACUUCUGGUGGAAUUAUCACAUUGCAUCUUGGAAAACCAAUGCAGCAGUAGUGGACAAAUUCUCUGAUUUUGUUUUGUCAUGAAAGCUGCAUUAUAAUUAUAAUUGGCCUAGUUAUUUUAAGCUUAAUCAUAUGAUGGCAUAUCACACAAUAUGCACAAUUCCCUGGAUCAUCAGCUAGUAUAGCGAUCUUGUUAAUGAAAUCAGUUGUGUUUAUAGAUCUGGAAUAAUAAAAAAACCACUGUAUAUUAUUAUUCUAAUAGAUGUACGCUAAAAGAACAGAAUAUAUUUAGUUCUAUAAAUUACAAAUUAUUUGUUUCUCGAUUGUAUAUGACAUUGAUGUACCAGAUCAAUUCAUAAGUCUCAUAUUUCCAUGUCUUCAUAGCAUAUUUCGUCAAUGAAUUUUGGCCGAUUAAAGACCCAAGUAUGAGUAUUAUCCAAGACAAGCUAGGCAAUGAGUUUUUACGGAAUGGAGGGAUGGACCCCAACUUCCCCCCCAACAUGAUCAUGUUCAGCCAUUUACCGCCAGUAACCAGCUUCACGCGCCUGACUCCGCAAGCCUCCAUGUCGGAUCUGCCCCAAGAGAUGAUCCUGAAGAAGGAGCGUGACUCUCCUGACCACAGUGGUGGCUUUCUCCACAGUAUGGGUAUAAAACAGGAGAAGCUCAGUGAGUUGGAUUACCGCCUUCCAAUGUAUGCAACAGGAACCAGAACAGCAGGAGGAAAAAGCACUGAUAUGCUGGACAUGUCGCUUGGCAACCACCAGAAUAUGAUUUUGCAUGACCAAAGCCUUAGCAACCAGUUCUCCGGAAGACAGGGGAAAGACCCAAAAGAAUCUGGGCCUAGAAGAGGGAGGAGAGCAAAUGGAGAAGCACCAGAUAGCAAAUCCAGAAGGCAACAAGGAGAUUCCACAAAGUCACUCAUGCUGGAUGGUGAUGCUGGGCCCCUCUCUCCCAACUCUAAACCACAUAUUUGCGAACACUGCAAUGCAGCCUUCCGCAGUUCGUAUCAUCUACGGAGACAUGUGCUCAUUCACACAGGUGAGAGGCCUUUCAGGUGCAGUCAGUGUAAUAUGAGCUUCAUACAGAAGUAUCUGCUGCAACGGCAUGAGAAAAUCCACAGCGGGGAGAAACCGUUUAGCUGUGACGAGUGCAACAUGCGCUUUAUACAGAAGUACCAUAUGGAGAGACACAAAAGGACACACAGUGGAGAAAAGCCAUAUAAAUGUGACACCUGUCUACAGAAUUUUUCACGGACUGAUCGAUUACUGAAGCACAAAAGAACCUGUGGAGAAGCCAUAAAGAAAGGUCUGGACCCAGGGAUGCUGGACCUCAGAGAUGAUGGGGACAUGGGUCAAGGCAGCUACCUACUCACUCAGGGAAACACUAGUGCCCCAUCACACAAGAGGGGCAAGUCCAAAAGUAGCAAUGAUGGAGGAGAGCGACGAAGAAAGAAAGGAGCGGCUGCGGGAGGAGGAGUGGAGGUGGCACAAGGACUCUGCCCUCAAGACUAUGCCUUGAACUUCCCCAUUGGAUCUGGGGCAUCUUCUUCAGGGUCUCUUGAUGAAACAAGCAUGGAUAACCAGCAUGGACGAACACCCAAGCUGGUCUAUAAAAAAGGCGGCCCCAAGGGAAAUGACAAGGAUGUGGUUUCUAUGGAUGAGGCCAACAAUGUGCAGAAGCCAAGCUCUAUGAGCAUGUCUGGAGCUGGAAAUAUGGACGAUCUUGGCCUCCUCCAAACCUCCAGUGGACCCAAACAAGGAGGUAAUAGCAGCAAUUAUGAUGAUGCCAUGCAGUUUUUGAAAAAGAGACGGUAUCUGCAUGCUGCCAACAGCGCAGCAGACUUCAGCUCUGUCCACUUUUCUCAGCCGACAGUAAUCCAGGGUGCCAUUGGAGAACCUACAUUGGCUUUGCUUGACACCUUGCCUUUGGUAAGCAUUGACAAGCAUGACAAAUCGGGGAUCCCAGAUGAGGUGCUACAAAGCCUGCUAGACCACUAUAGCCACAAAUCUGAUGGCUCUCACCAUGAUGUGACAUUCGAUCUGCAAGAUUCACACCACGUGGAAUUGCAUCCAGCCUCCGGCACCUCUGAACUGGGUCAGGAUGAGGGAUCUCCCGGCUCUGGGGAAAAGAAUGGGGUGAUGAACGAGUACUCUAAGUUCUUGCUUCAGACCCUGAAGAGAACCAGCCAUAGCAGCAACUUUAUUUUGUGCCCAUCUGGACCCUACCCAAGCUUGUUGCCAUCUAGCAGCAGCCCUGCUAGCACACACUUCCCAGACAAAAACAUCUACACCACCUCACCACUGGAGUGUGGAUUUGGAAAGCCUGUUUCCUCCCUUCUUGCACCUUCCUCUUCGACAUCCUUAAGCAAGUCCCAUUUUGGGAUGCUGGUAGGUUCUCCAUCGCCUUCCCAUGUCUCACCAUCCUCUCAACAGGCCUUUCAUCUCAGCAGUCUUGAGCCUGCUCCUCACCAGCAGCUUACCCCGUCUCAAGAGCUCACCGAACAGCUGGAGAAGCAGCACCCACCGCCAUACCCUCUUUCAACUCAGGAGCUGACCAAUGGUGGCCAGAAAGACCAGCAGUCCAAGAACAUUGGCUCUUCGGUCAACAACAGAAACAACAGGAAUGGCACAGGUGGCAGCUCGUGUAAUGGUUCUGUCUACUCUGAGCUCACUGCCCUGGAGCCAUCUAAGGAAGUGGACAUGCGUUCCACCUACCAGAUAGAGACUUUCGCCCAAGCCUUCGGGUCUCAAUUCAAGUCUGGUUGCCGAACCCCACUUGGUUGUGGUGGUGGGUCACAAGUGGGUGUCGUGGAAGUCGACCACGGGAUACAGCGGACUCCCGUGUCUGAAUUCUCAGGGUAUACUAAUCUGUUAGCAGAUGUUAACGAGCCAGCUAGCUCAGGAUCCAAAACCCCCACAAGCCAAAGUUAUAGGUAAAGGUUAAGGAAGCACACCUGACCCUGUUAUGUGGGUUGAGGACUUUCUCCGAUGAUUCCCUCUCCUUGCUAAUUAAAACUUUAAUACACUGCCAUUAUAGAUGUUGUUAACAAGGUCUUAAAGACCUCAAAUGCAAUUUUUCACAUUCUUCUUUUUAAUGUAUUUUAGUCUUUUUUAUUUUAUUUAUUAUUAUUAGCGUAGUGGCGACAAAACUAGAUUUAAAUGAAAUGUCCAGUGUUAGAAUGUCCAAGUUAGAGGAUUUAUAAUUAUUAUUUUUUAUUAUUAUUAUUAUUAUUUUUUUAUUGUGUAUGUCUAAGCAUUCAUAGUCCAAUUGUAAAUUUACGUUAAAAAUGAAAGAUGAUUUACAAUAAUAAGAGAUGUCAGGGAGUGGCCCAGUAUUCAGUGGCAAAAAUAUGUAUUGUCUGUUACAAUGAUCUAAAGCAUUACUCAGGAAAAAGCAGUAACUUUUUUUUUUUUUUUUAAUAAGGUGCUCUAGCAACCUUUUUUUCUUUUUUUACUUGUGUACUUUUGAAAUGACAGUGAAGAUUCUUGUUUUUUGAAAUUCCUUUGAGAAAUAGACAAACCAAGUUGGUUUGUGUUCAGUUGUAUGACACUGGAGACUUUUUCACUUCUUGUGCAUUUUGUAAAGUUUAUGGUGCUUCUAAUAUCAGUGUGAAAACACUUUCAUCCCUAAGGGCCAUGUUUAAAACACACAAAACUCACUGUAGUUAAGUAGUCAGAUAGAAACAAGUGUAUGUAUAUAUUUAUCUGUAGCUACAUGGAACUACAUAACUAUUGUCUCAGGGUGAGCAGUAAUUCUUAUCCCCUUCUUUAAACUUACUCUUUGUCAGCUGACAUCACUUUGAUCUCUCAAGGAAUCAAAUAAGCACUUUUAUAAACUACUGAAAGCGAGAAUUUAGAUUCAGGACACAUAAAACUAUUAUUUUUGACGAUGAAAGCUGUGAUUUUUAAAAGUGGAGGAGGGAACUGCAAAUCUGCCAUAACAAAAGGGCAUUUUGAAUAUACAUUGGGGGUAUAGGUGAUAUUUUGUUCCUUUUAUUAAUAAAAACACUGUUAAUGAACAUGAAUGCCACUUUUCUUUUUUUUUUCUUUUUUGCAGCAAAAAUUGGACUUUUACUUCUUAUUGUGUAGCUUUGAAUUUAAUGCCUGACAAAAUUGCAAGCUUCCCUUUUACAUUUUUGUAGGAAGAAGAGCCCAAUGAAUGGACCUAAUCCUGUGGUGUUUUUAUUGAAUGAGCAGUGAAUGUUGAGACGAGGUGUUCUUCCCAGUGCAAUUUUUGAUGCCCUUGGAAAGAGUGGUAGGCUGCUUUGUCUUCCUGUUUUUUGGCCCAUGCAGAAACACUAUGUCUGCUGUGAGGCCUUUCUGUGAUCUUGCCCUGUUUUUGCCACUUGCCUUUUAUGGAAACCUGUCCCAGAAAAAUGCUAUUACUGUGAUGGUUUCAAGAACAAAGUCUGAAUGCUGCACUCCAAACUCGUUCCAUACUUUUAUAGAAUGAAAAAAAGGAAAAAAGAGUGGCGUAAAGAAUUGAAUUGACCAUAAUAUACCUCAUAUCAUUGUAAAAAUGAGAAAUCCAGGGACAUGUUUCAUGUAGUAGAAAUACUGUAGUAUGUGUCAGCUUAUUGUGUAAUCGUAUAAUGCCAACCAUGUUUACAGAUAAAGCUGAUUUGUUGGAAUACGGGAUGUAAUUUUUUUAUUAUUUUUUUUUUCUGUUAAGCAGUGAUGCCAAGCAGUGUUUCAUUGUAGAAUAAUACUUAGACUUUCAUGAUUUGUCUAUUUUUCCCCCUUGUUUUUUUUACUUGCCAUGUGUUUUGAUAUGAUUUCUAGAGAGACUUUGUUUACAAUAAUGUACAAAAACACUAAAAAUGUUUUUGUUUUCGUUUUGUUUCUGAUGAAUGAUAUGAAGUUGUUGUUGUUUUUUUAUAUAUAUGGUUUUCCUCUGAUCACUAUUGCACCAAAUGUUUGUAGCAUAUAUUGUCCCGACUUCAGUCAGAUUUUUGUCAUAGGACUGUACAUGUCAAAUGACUUUAUAAAUGAUUAGGUAGGUCAAUAAAAAAACUUUUGUUAUAAAACAAACCUAUUUUAA